UUUUUUUCCUUUUCUUUUUUUCUUUAUAUAUAUAAACUUCUCUUCAUCUCCAAUCUCAAUAACUCAGUCAAAAAUAAAAAGAUAAAAAAUAGAAAAAAGAAAUAAAAAAAACAAACCCUAACUACAUAAUAAUCAUUUUCAAUUAUAAUUUAUCAAUUAUUAUUUAUCACUCAAAAUGAACCAGAAUAAACUCAUCCAUCACAACAACUCUUUUUCAAACAUCUCCCUCUCAUCCAUCCCAAACAACAAUAACAUCAAUAACAACAUCAACAUAAAUAACUUAAGAAACAUCUCCCUCAUGUCAAUCAAUAACACAAACAAAUCCUCCUUCGACCUAAACACAAUGCAAGAAGACUCCUUUCUAGAUUUCAACGACUCUUCUUCCUCUGAAAAUGAAUCAAAUCUCAUUAAAAAAAAUCUUAAAAACAAAAUCAAAAUUAAUCACAAAAGCUUCUCCAGAAAGAGUAAAAAUAUUUCUCAAUCCCACAUAUCUAAUCCUUCUAUAUCAGUUCCCCAUAUGUCCCACUCAAACAUGUCCCACUCAAAUCUUUCCCAUUCUAACAUCUCUCAAUCAAAUAUUCCUUUCAAUAACAACACCACUGAUUCCAUAAACAUGAUCAACAAUUCUGAUCUAAAACAGAAAAAGAAAUCCCUAAAACGCAAAUCUUCUCGUUUCUUCAAUAAAAAAAGGGAAUCUUCUGAAGUAUCAGAAAUUUCAACUCCUUUCAACUUUAAUCACAUUUGCCAUGUAAAUGAUCAAAAUGAUACAAUUAAAUCUCAAAUUGAAAAAUUAGACAAUAAAUUCCAAAACAAAAAUCAAAACAAAAAUCAAAAUCAAAAUCAAAAUCAAAAUCAAAAUCAGCAUUUAAAUCUGCACUCAAAUCUGUAUUUGAAUCCAAAUCCAAAUUCAAAUCUGCACUUGAAUCCAAAUUCAAUCAACCCAGAAUUAGGCUUCUCAUUCUGCGCUACCUCUCCCCAGAAUAAUAUCAAAUCUUAUGAUCCUAUAGACACUGUCCCCGUCGAAUUCUUACCUCAAAACGUCUCAACAAACUCCUUCUAUUCCUUCAAUAGUAUCAACUCUUCAAAACACCUUCCAACGUACACCUCUUCUUUGAAUCUAAGAACAAACAGUAUCCUCCUAAACUCUUCAACAACUUCAAUUCCAAACCAUGAAAAAGCAGCUCUAUCAACUUCAACCAUUGAAUCAAAUAACGAAUCAAUCUUCAACACUCUAUCCUCCAAAUCCUCUGCAAAUACUUCCAUUUCUUUAGAUCACUCACACACCUCUUCUGUUACUCACAAAAAACUCUCUUCUCUAAAUAAUUCUUCCAAUCAAAAACUAAAAACUAAAAAAUCAAUAAACUCAUUAUUCUCUCAAUCCUCCCUUAAAUCAAAAAAAUCAAGCCCAAAAAUAGUAAGAAAAAUUAACUCAGUUCAUUCAAUUACUUCAUCUCUCUCAAAAUUAUCAAUGUCAAGCAGUAGAUACUCAAAUUCUUCUUCAUUGAGAACAAGCCCCAUUCUAAAUCAAGAUGGCUUUGAACUAAGCAACAACAUAGAUAACAACAUCAAUCACACAAACAACAAUAUUAACGCCAGCGAUGACUUUGAGUCAAAAGCUCAAACUCAUACCAAAAACAACCUCUCAAACCAUUUCCACAUUUCAAAACCUUCAUUAUCAUCAAAAUUGAUGAAACAAAAUGAAGAGGUUCCAACUCUUAAACCAUCAUUAAACUUAUCUCAUCACAAUAAUUCAAUUUCAACUUUAACUAAAAGCGAAAACAAUGAAUCAGUUUUAAAUCAGCCCUUCUUAAGCUCAAAUGAUUGGUCUUCCCCAGCUUCAAAAACAUGGUUCACUGAAGGUAUUAACUCAAGAUCAUCAACUCUUUCAAUUCCCAAUUUAGAUUCACCACCUAAUCGCGAAUUUGUUUCAACUCCAUUAUUAAAACAUUGUUUUAAAAGUCAGGAAUAUUUAGUUCCUGUAAACAGCCAAUUAAAUUUAAAAUCGUUGUCCAAGCUUAACAAUCCAGAAUUAUCUGAUUCACCAAUCCAGAAUCCAAACAAAAUCUCAACACCAAUUUCAAUUCCAAUCAGAAACAAUGGAGGAAACGGUGAUCUCAUAUCUAACAUAUUCAUUCCAAAUCCAUCAGAUUCUAAACAAGAUUGUUCUCAUAAAGUCUCCAAUUCAAUGAGCUCUGCCAAUACAAAUUUAAAUGCCAUAACGAUAAAGAAAAAUAUAAGUACAUCUAUCAAAUAUUACAAAAAUUUAUAUAACACCAACAGUAAUGAAAGUGUGGGCAACUCUGUUGAUAUGAGAUUCCUGGAAAAAAACCACAGCAGAACCAGUUUGGUUUCAUCAAAUGAAAAUUAUUCAUUAGAUUCUUAUUAUUUUAGAGGUUCAUCAAAUCCACAAUCUCCAGCAUUAGACAACUAUUCAAAUUUAAACUCACCUAUUUUUUCAACUUUUUCAAGGUCAAAUUCAAAUUCGGGUCCUACUUCAAGUCCAUAUCCAGUUUUUAAUUCAAACUAUAAUCCCAGUUUUAAUUCCAAUUCCAAUUCGAGUUCUAAUGAAAGAUUAGUGGAGUCCCCCAUUUUCUCAAGAAAAUCAUUGGAAAAUAGUCGAUUUGAUCUCUCAAAAAAAUUAGGUAUGAUCACUGAAGGAGGUGAUCAAAAACCAAUAGAAACAUAUCCUUCACCAAAUAUUCCAGUUUCUAGACACUUCUAAACAAAAUUAAUCAUUUAUGAUCUUUCAUGAUUGUAUCAUUUUUUUUAGAGCCCGUCUUUUUAUUUCAAAGUGUUUGUUCCAUUUUUUUAUAACAUAAAUUCUUUUCUUUUAUGAAUCUUGAUAAACUAAUUUUUAGCUUUCUUUUUGAUUUUAUUUUUUUAUUUUUGGGAAAAAUU